ACUGGGCAGCAUGAGAGGCGGUUUGCAGAUCACCCGGCUGGCAGUGUCCGUGUCGUACAGCGGUGGCGGCAGCGGGAGUAACAGCGCCCCUGGCGGCAGCGGUGGCGACGGACCCAUGGGUCGCCACCAGCACCACCACCAGCGGCCGAUUAGUGACUUCGUGGCUGCUCCGCCCAACAGGCCCGGGCCCAGGGCGCAUGCGGGCAAGGCGGCGAGGAAGGAAACCCCGUGUCACCUCCUUGACAGCGCGGGAGGCGGCAGGGGGGCGGAUGGGGGUGGAGGCGGCAGCGCAGGCAUGGCG